AAUCUUUGUUAUGACAUUUCUUGGAAAUAAAGUUUGACUUCACUGGGAACUUUGCUACUUUGCUUUAACUUGUUUUAACUUUUACAUUUUAUUCAUAUCUAAGACAAUACUUGAUUGUAGAAAUAAGGGUUUUAAUUAAUCAAUCAAGUGUAACGCUGACAAAAAUUCGAUUUGGCGAAUACCUCUUCUGGUUCAGGAAGUAAUAAUUUAGUUGCCGGAGAAGUUACAGAGCAUCGUUUGAAUAUAUUUUUAUUGCAUUAGAGGCAAACAUGCCAGGCAUUGCCACCAUGUCUUUAGACAACAUGUUUUGCACCCGUUGUGGUGAUGGCUUUGAGCCCAAUGAAAAGAUUGUCAAUUCAAACGGAGAGCUUUGGCAUACUAACUGCUUUGUAUGUGCCCAAUGCUUUCGUGUAUUUCCCGAGGGUGUAUUUUACGAAUUCGAAGGACGUAAAUAUUGCGAACGAGAUUUCCAAGUGCUCUUCGCCCCUUGUUGUGGUAAAUGUGGCGAGUUUGUGAUUGGCCGCGUGAUAAAAGCGAUGAACGCGAACUGGCAUCCGGCAUGCUUCCGGUGCGAGGAGUGCAGCGCGGAGCUUGCAGACGCCGGCUUCAUCAAGCAUGCCGGCCGCGCUCUUUGCCACACCUGUAAUGCACGCCUCAAGGCGGACGGCUUGCAGAACUACAUGUGCCACAAGUGCCAUGGGGUAAUCGAUGGCGAGCCGUUGCGGUACCGUGGCGAAGUGUACCACGGCUACCACUUCACUUGUGCUACAUGCGGCGUCGAGCUGGACCACACGGCUCGCGAGGUGAAGCAUCGCCCGGGCUACGCUGCUAACGAUGUGAACAACUUAUUCUGCCUGCGUUGCCACGACAAAAUGGGUAUCCCCAUUUGCGGUGCUUGCCGUCGCCCAAUCGAGGAGAGGAUUGUCACCGCUCUCGGCAAGCAUUGGCAUGUUGAGCAUUUUGUGUGUGCCAAAUGUGAGAAACCAUUCCACGGGCACCGGCACUACGAGAAGAAAGGUCUGGCGUACUGCGAGCAGCACUACCAUCAGCUGUUUGGCAACUUGUGCUAUGUCUGCAACCAGGUCAUUGCAGGCGAUGUAUUCACAGCGCUGAACAAGGCGUGGUGCGUGCAUCACUUUGCGUGCGCGGUUUGUGAUGCGGCGCUGAGCACGCGCAGCAAGUUCUACGAGUACGACGAGCGGCCCGCCUGCCGCCGCUGCUACGAGCGCUUCCCGCAGGAGCUGCGCCGCAGACUGCGCCGCGCGCAUCACUACACGCACCGCAGGAACUGACCGCCGAUAAAAUGGCUCGAAGUAUAUGGUGAACAAAUGGCCUGCUAUGAAAAUUAUUUUUUUUUUCUUUUAUUAAAAAAUUUAGACAUUAACAUUAUUAAUCUGAAAUAUAAUUUAAUUAAACUAAUUUACUCAUCGUUGGUUUAUCACAUCAAAAUCCCUUUAUAAAACAACUAUCUCUUUUUGUUAAAAGUUUAAUCAUUAGGAUGACAACGUGUCUUGUACAGGGAUUUUGAUCUCAGAAACCAACGUUAAGUAUCUGACAAAUAUUUAAGGGGAUCAACUGAUAUUUCAAUGAACAUUUAUAGUGUUCUGUUAAUGAAUAAGAGAGAUGCCCACAGACGCGGACAAUUGUAACGACGACGCGGUACAUUAGUGUAGUUUUACAAUAAACUAUUUUUACCCGAUGCGAAAUGACAUGUUUCAGGCUAAAAAUAAAAUAUUCUUUUCGUGGCUAUAUUUCAACAAAAUCUCUGUAUAAAAUAUAUGGUUGUGUAAUGUCUUUAGAAAAAUGAGAUAAAAAUAUGUUUUAAAUGGAGAUUUAGGUAUCAGAAACCCACAGUUAUUUAACUUAAAUGUUUUUUGUAAAGGCCUCUAAAUACAGUUAUUGUAUAAUGCUUUUGUUCUUACUGUUAAGGCUUUAAUCUAGAUUAAUUUAUCCUAGAAAACGAAUAACUCUUAUGACAUUAUAUACAAUAUAUUAAUGUAUUUCUAAUAAUGAUUAUAAAAUAUUAAUAUUGUACACACAUAUAUUUGUUGUACGAAAAUGUGCCUUUACGUAUACUUUUAAAAACUAUGGAAAUAAUUUAUAAGUUUAUAGAAUCUGUCUUGUAGUUACUAAUGGCCGGUUUCAUCAAAAAUGCUAAAUUAAAAAAAAAAGACAAUGACUGUGCCGUAUUAAUACAAUUUAAAACUUUAGUAAUCAAGCAAAAUUUAAGUAAUAUAGUUUUCAAUCAUCUAGACAGCUCGGAACUUCGCCAGUCACUGCGCAAACACAUGUGUAACGGUGCGUAAAUGUAUGCAUAUAUGACCCUGAGCCGCCAAAAUAUUUGAAACGGCCUAUACUUGAGCAUAUCAUUUGAACUAAAAUGUUGAUGAAAACGGUUAUGAGUAAAGCAAAAGAAUUGUGAGCAUUUAAAGGAUUGAAUAUUACUAGCUAAUAAUGUUAAAUGCGUAAUCAAUUUAUAUUAAUGUUGCUUAAAUAAAAAAUAACACAUUUUUA